AUGGCUAUGAGGAAUAGAGUGAAGUGCAGCAGAGGUGACAGAGUGAUGAUGGGUUGCUGUCGGCACAUUUUGUCUCUGCACUCUCUGCUGGUGCUGAUGUUGCUGAGUAUGGACUGCUGCUGCAGAGCUCAGGUGUACAAUCUCAGCCUGGCAGUGGAUGAGGGGCUGCCCCCUGGUACCCUGGUAGGAGACAUCCGCGCAGGAUUGCCGGAGGGGAGCCCAGGUGAAGGCUUCUUCUUAUCAGAGGAAAGUGGCGAGUCACCGGUGCUCAGGGACUUUCACAUAGACACAGACACUGGCAUUGUAAGGACCCUGCGAAUCCUGGACCGAGAGAGAAGACAACGCUACAGUUUUGUGGCUGCCACAUUGCUGGGGGAGGUGGUGCAGGUAGAGAUCAGAGUACGUGAUGUCAAUGAUCACUCUCCCACCUUUCCUGUACAGUCACUUCAUUUACAAGUAUCUGAGCUGACUCCCCCUGGGACUACGUUCAGAUUACCUGCAGCAUGGGAUCCUGAUAAGGGAGAAUUUGGAUUAAGAGGUUACUCUCUACUCAGAGGCAGCCAGGAAGCUGCUUUUAUCAUCAGGUAUGGGGAUAGCAAGUCUAUAGAGGUAGAAGGGUCAUCUACUGAUUCUCGCCUCCACCCGCUAGAUCUAGUAUUAGUGCAUUGGCUUGACAGAGAAGAGCUGGAUAGGUAUCAGCUAGAAGUUGAAGCUUUUGAUGGUGGUUAUCCACGUAGAACAGGAAGGCUUUUUGUAGACAUAACUGUGUUGGAUGCAAAUGAUAACCCGCCAACCUUUGAUCAGUCUGAAUAUAAGGGUUGGGUGUGGGAAAAUGCCCCUGCAGGCUCUUCAAUUUGCACUGUUCAUGCAGCUGACCCUGAUAUAAGUAGCAAUGGGGAAGUUAGUUAUAGCUUGUGGUCUGGUGAGGAAUAUUUCAGUGUUGAAGAAAGUACUGGAAUUGUUAGGGUCAGUCGCCCCCUGGAUAGAGAACAAAAAAAUGUUCAUCAGCUGGUAGUCCAAGCUAAAGAUGGUGGAUCCCAACCUGAAGUUUCUAGUGUUCUUGUCAUGGUAAAAGUCCUUGAUGUUAAUGAUAACAAACCCAGCAUACAGGUCACCCUACUUACUGAGAGUGGGCAACCGGAAGUAUCAGAAGGAGCACGAAUAGGAGAGUACUUAGCAAGAAUUUCUGUUUCUGACCCUGAUUUAGAAUUUGAGGAAGAGCCUUGGGAAACCAGUGAUGAUAAGGGGAGUGGAAGUCAUCAUGUGUCACUGACUUUGGAAGGUGCUGAUGGUGCCUUUUCUCUUCAUCCUGUUGGACCACAAGUAUAUUUCCUGUGUGUUGACGCUCUUCUUGAUCGCGAACAAAAAGAUCUAUAUGAACUGCGCUUGCUUGCUAGUGAUUCAGGCUCCCCUCCAUUACAGACUCUAAAAAUAUUACUUUUUAGCAUUACUGACUUAAAUGAUCAACCACCAGUUUUUAAGCAGUCUAAUGGAUUCCAAGUGACAGUUUCAGAAUCUGCUUCUCCUGGUACUGCUGUCCUCAAUAUUAAUGCACAGGACUUAGAUGAGGAUGGCCCAAAUGCUGACAUAAUUUACACUCUUCUGAGCAGUGCUUCUUCUUCUGCUUUUAUACUAGACCCAUAUACAGGGGUUCUGAGCAUUUCAAUGGCAUUGGAUUAUGAAACAGAGACUGUGAUAAACCUGGUGGUUGUGGCUACUGACCAGGGUAACCCUCCACUAUCAUCUAGCUGCCAUGUGACCAUAAUGGUUGAGGAUACCAAUGACAAUGAACCAGUCUUCUUACAACAGUUCUACAAUGUAACUUUGCCAGAACAUUCAGCUUUGGGGCACUGCUUUCUCCAGGUGAAAGCAACAGAUGCCGACUCGGGAUCUUUUGGUCAAGUUCAUUAUUUUUUGUAUGAGAAAUUUUAUAACUUGAAGGAAUCUCAGAAGUUUUUUAUUGAUCGGGAUUCAGGUCGUGUAUGUGUGUCACAAGAUAUUGACCGAGAAGGUGAUCUUGAGAGCUAUGGCCUUCUGGUGAAGGCACAAGACCAGAGUUUUAUAACCUUGUCUUUCAUUUACAUCUAACAGGGUGGCUUAAGCGCUCAGGUUUUUGUUCGUGUUGAUAUAGAAGAUAUAAAUGACAAUGCACCUGUGUUUGAGACUACAAAUUAUGUGACAAGCAUCAGCAGCCAUACUCAAGUGGGCACAGAAGUUGUCAAUGUGUUAGCUGAAGACAGAGAUGGAGGAAUAUUUGGAGAAGUACUUUACGAAAUCAUACCUGGAGAAAAAACAUCACUAUUUACUAUUGACUCAGCUACAGGAAUUAUCUAUUUGAUCUCUGCUCUCAAUAAUUUAGAAGAUUCACAAGUGACCUUCUUCGUGUGUGCUCGCGAUCAGGCCGGUCGUACAUCUUCGGUGAAUGCAUCGGUCACUGUUAAAAUUCAGAAGACUGCAUUGGCACCCGCAGUAUUUGAGAAAUCACGCUACGUGUUUGUAAUUGCAGAGGAUGCCCCACAAGGUAGCACUGUCGGCAUAGUCAAGGCCAGGGAACCUUUAAAUUCCGUGGAGCCCAUUUCAUAUAGGAUAGUAUCUGGUGAUUUGCAUGAGAUGUUCUCCAUAAACCCCCAGUUUGGUAUUAUCACUACAACAAAGCAGCUGGAUCAUGAGACUCAGACUGUUGCUGUUCUCACUAUUCAGUCCCAACUAGGAAGCUCUCCAGCCUACAGCAGCACACAGGUCAAUGUAACUAUAACUGAUGUGAAUGACAAUCCACCUGUAUUUCCGAGAGAGAAUGAAAGAAUAAGUUUGCACCAAAACACUCCACCUGGCAGUGCUUUGUAUAUUGCUCAGGCGCAGGAUAUUGACAGUGGAUAUAAUGGACUCAUCUCGUAUAGCAUUGCAAAUGAAAACCAGGAUGUGUUUGUCAUUGACCCCAAUUUUGGAAUCUUGUACCUCAAUACCACUUUAACAAUUGUGUGUGAACAUAUAUUGCUGAUAACAGCUGAAGAUAAUGGACAUCCGAUAUUAAGUUCUUUUUUUACAUUAACCGUCACUAUCACACAGCCAGAAACAAUUAAUACUUUGACCUUUGGUAAUUUAGUGCAUCAGAUUGAAAUCAAUGAAGAUUUUGCAGUGUAUUCCAGCAUCCUCCAGGUACAAGCAUACAUUGAAGGUGCACAAAGCCAGCCAUCAAGCAUAGUUUACUCUUUGUGGCCUGAAAAUUCAGUUCCAUUUGCAAUUCAUCGUAACACAGGUUGGAUUUUCUUACGACGAUCUCUGGAUUAUGAAAAAAACAAUUUAUACAAUCUGAUUGUAGUGGCAAGCUGCAAAGGCAAUGUAGUAGAACAAACGGCUUCUGCUUCAGUAAUUGUGAAGGUCUUGGAUGUGAAUGACAAUUCCCCUGCUUUCAGUCAAAACACGUAUUUUUUUUACACUGUGGAAAGCUCCAGUCCAAAUGGAGUCAUUGGCACAAUCACAGCAUCUGAUAGUGAUACCAGGAAAAACGGGCAGCUCUCAUUUUUCCUCUUGUCCGAAGAAAAUUAUUUCCACAUCAACUCCAAGACAGGUGAAAUUAUAAAUUGUGCCGCUUUAGAUCGUGAACAGAAAGCACACCAUCAGCUUACUGUGUUAGUGACGGACCAUGGUACUCCACGUCGUAAUGCCACAGCCACAGUUUACAUCACAGUUGCUGACAUUAAUGAUAACAAGCCAUACUUUCCACAACUGCCAUUAGGAAAGCAGCUGCAUGUCAAGGCUCCAGAAGGCCAGAAAGGACACAUAUUGGUGACUACUGUUUUUGCAAAGGAUCCUGAUGCCGGUGGUAAUGGAACAGUACAAUAUUCAUUGUCUUCUGACGGUGUUCUUGGUAAUUUCUUUAUUAAUGCCUCUACUGGUGAUAUAUGGACAACCCAACCUCUCUCAGUAAGCCUGCAACCAUACUAUUGCUUAAGAGUAACAGCAAGGGAUCAAGGGGUCCCUCCUCUUGAGGAAUAUGCAACUGUGAAUAUUCAGGUAAUUUCAACUACUGAAGAGAAAUCGAAAGGGAAGGUCGAAGUAAAAAUCUUAAACAUUCCAGAGGAUGCAAAACCUUCUCAAGUAAUAGGCUCAAUAUUGCCACACAAUAAGUUUUUAUCCAAUAAAAAAUUACAGUUCCACAUUUCCGAGGAAGAGCACAACAGCCAUUUUGUCGUUGACCGUUCCUCAGGAGAUUUAUACCUCUCCAGACCACUAGAUUAUGAAACAAGCCCAAACUACCUUUUACUUAUUAGGAUAGAAGACCAUAACAAGAUUCCUCCUCAAAACCAUUCUGUCAUCAUAAAGAUUGAUAUAGAAGAUCAAAAUGAUCACCAUCCUGUGUUUCCUCACCUCAUGGUAGUCAUUGGCAUUAAAGAGAAUGUACCUAUAGGAACUGUCUUAUAUACAUUUGAAGCAAAAGAUGGAGAUGGCAAUUUACCAAACAGCAAACUUAAAUAUUCAUUAAGUACAGAUGGAACUAAAGAAUACCCUUUCUUUAUUCACGAAUGGGAUGGAACCUUGACCACAGACAAAGAACUGGAUAGAGAGGCAGCUGAUUCCUAUGUAUUUACAGUAAUUGCAACAGAUCAGGCCACUAACAUAACACAGCGUCAACACUGUUCACUGACAGCUCAGAUUAUCAUUCAAGACGUCAAUGACAACAGUCCAAGUUUCCUAUCAACUCCAGCUGCCUUUGUUAAGGAGGAUGCAGAAAUUGGCUCUCUUAUACAUCGUGUAGUAGCUGAAGAUCCAGAUGAGGGAAAGAAUGGAAAAAUAACCUUAUACAUCAUGGAUGGGAAUUCAAAACAAGCUUUCUUGCUGGAUGAAACAACAGGUUGGUUAACAUUGGCAUCUGCAGUAGAUCGUGAGAUUCAGGAGACAUAUAUUUUGACAAUUCUGGCAACAGAUAAUGGCACUCCAGUUCUUUCUGCUACACAGAUUUUGACAGUCACAGUGGGUGAUGUCAAUGAUACGCCACCAACGUUUAAGCAAGCCUUCUUUGAAGCUGCCGUUCUUGAAAACCAGGAGCCUGGAGUGAGUGUGAUGAAAGUACAAGCUGAGGAUAUGGAUACUGGAGUCAACGCUAUGCUUACUUACUACAUUUGGCCAAGCCAUGAGCUUUUCAGAAUAAUACCUGAGACAGGAGAAGUAGUUACAGCAGCAACAUUUGACAGAGAGGUAGAGGACCACUAUAUCAUCAGAGUAUUGGUGAAAGAUGGUGGAACUCCCUCCUUUUCAAGCUCCACGAAAAUUGUUUGUACAGUGCUAGAUGAAAAUGAUAAUACUCCUGAGCUUUUACUUCCUGAGGCUGAGAUCCAUGUCCCAGAAAAUCAAGCUCCAGGAAUAAUUCACAAAGUGCUGGCUACAGACAAGGAUACUGGCAACAAUGGCAGAGUGCAUUUCCAAAUAAUUGGUGGAAACACGGGAGGAUAUUUUGCCAUCAAUAACACAUCAGGGGAGCUCUGGGCCACCCGCAGCUUAGAUCGCGAGGAUGUCAGCAAUUUUACCAUCACUGUGGAAUGCUAUGACCUGGGCAGCCCCCGGAAAAGCACCACAGCCAAACUGCACAUUAAGGUCUUGGAUGAAAAUGACAAUCCACCUACGUUUCCUAAAAGCCAGUACCGCACAUCUGUCAGAGAGGACUUAACUAUUGGAUCAGUGGUUCUAAGCCUUCAGGCAUUUGAUAUUGAUGAGGGCUUGAACGGAGAAGUAAUGUACUCCUUGAUUGAUGAUACAAAAGGUUUCUUCACUAUAAACCAAACAACAGGAAACAUUGAGACUGCAAAGGCCUUAGACAGAGAAUUGAAACAUCAAUAUGUGUUCAGGGCACUGGCAACUGACUGUAGCAUCUAUGGUCAAAAAAGUGCCACUGUCAAAGUUAUAGUAAAUAUUGAUGAUGCCAAUGAUAAUGAGCCAUUAUGUUCAAUUAACCCUGUUCAGGUUCUUGUUUCUCCCCAAAUCUCUGUGAAUACAACAGUUGCCACUGUAUAUGCAAGUGACCCAGACCUAGGUUUAAAUGGAACAGUGGUGUACACUCUUGUGAAAGCUGAUCCACACUUUUACAUUAAUAGAGAGACAGGAGAAAUCAAAGUCAAUAUGCUGCUAUCCCAUGUUCCCUUUACAAAUGCAGUUCUCAACGUGGCAGCUUCAGACCUUGGUAUCCCAGCAAAAACAUCCAUGUGUCUUGUUACAGUUACCCUAGAAGACCUGCAAAAAUAUAUUUUCUUUCUCCAGAGUAUCUAUGAAGCCAUAAUACAGGAAAACAGUGAUCCAGGUUCACUAGUUGCGACCGUAGAAGCCAGAUGCCAAAAUCCAAAUGGAGAUGCCAUAUUUUAUAGCAUUAUCAGUGGUGACAAAGAGACCUUCAUGAUAAAUUCUGAAACAGGAGAGCUCAUGGUGAGGGAGUCUUUUUUACUUGAUUCAGAAGGCAAAAAUAAAAUAAAUCUAGUCAUCGCUGCCACAAGCGGUUCUUCUGUGGCCUACUGUGGAGUUUCAGUAUUGAUCCAAGACGAAAAUGAUAAUGUGCCAGUGUUUGAUCGUGACCAUCAUAUAACUUCAGUUUUGGAGGGUCAGAGCUACAACCUGUUUGUUAUCCAGGUUUUUGCCACUGAUGCAGAUAGCGGUCUGAAUGGGCAAAUCGAUUACUCAUUUGUAGAUGGCAAUGAAAAUCAACCUUUUUUAGUAGAUUCCAGAAGGGGAAUUAUUACUACCAAUGCUAUUCUUGAUCGGGAAAUAAAAUCCUCGUACAGACUGGUUCUUCAGGCUGCUGAUAGAGGAUCUCCAAGUCUUUCUGCAACAAGUAUAGUAACAGUAUUGGUUGCAGAUAUAAAUGACAACGCACCAACUAUCCCUCCCCUGGAGACCAUCUACAUCCAUGAAGAUGCUUCUCCUGGUUACACUAUAAUUUGUGUAAUUGCCAAUGAUGUGGAUCUAAGACCAAACGUAUCAUACAGUUUUACUGAAGAUGGUAACCCUGGUAUGAAAUUUGACAUUGAUAAAUACACUGGUGUUAUAACCCUUACUGGGUUGUUGGAUUAUGAAGAAACAUCACAACAUCACCUUAGGAUCCACGCAUCUGAUUACCUGCAUCUAACUGAAGCAGAGCUUACCAUUCAAGUGUUGGAUGUUAAUGAUAACCCUCCACUAUUUACCAAAGAUUCCUAUAAGGUAACUGUACCUGAAUUGACUGGGUCCAAUACAUUUAUCAUAUCUGUAUCUGCCACAGACCGAGAUUCUGAGAUCUAUGGGCCUGUUUCGUACAGAAUUAUUUCUCCACAUAAAGGAUUUGUAAUUAAUCCAACCACUGGUUCAGUACACACUGAUACUCCAGUGGAAAUUAAAGAAAAGAAUACAGUGAUUCCUAUUCUGGUAGAAGCUAAGGACAAUGGUUUCUCAGUUCUAACUUCAACUGCAGUUAUUGAGCUGCAGGUUCAUGAUACCAAUAACAAUGCACCAAUAUUUUCAGAAGAGGUCUACCAGAUCUCUGUAAGUGAAAAUACAUCAAUUGGGGAAACCAUUCUCACUUUCACAGCCACCGAUUUGGACUGGACCCAUGAAAAUGGAUACAUUGACUUUACUAUUGCUGGUGAAAAUUUAAGAAAUAUGUUUGUUGUGGAAAGUGUUGGAAUUCUUUCCCAGCCUCCUUUUGUUGUUACUGGAAAACUAGCUAUAAAUGGGAUUUUAGACUAUGAAACCAAGAGAAACCAUAGGCUACUUUUAAUUGCCUCGGAUCGAGGAGUCCCUAUUUUAAGUUCCAGCGCCACUGUUCUGGUAUCCAUUCUUGAUUCAAAUGACAAUCCUCCCAUACUGCAGAACAGUGAAUACCAUGUUAGCAUCCGAGAAAGCCAUCCCAUAAAUAGUGAAGUGAUUGCCAUUUCAGCCAAUGAUUUUGACAGUGGAGAGAAUGCAGAAGUUUUUUACAGCAUAGCAUCUGGUAACGAUGAAGGAUUUUUCUCAAUAGAUCCAGGAAAUGGUACUGUCACAUUAGUACAUCAUCUGGAUUAUGAGGCUGCAAUGAUCUAUACUUUAAUUAUAAAAGUCGCUGAUGGCUGGGGAAAUGGAAAAUAUGAUGCCUUUUCAAAACUCUAUAUAAAUGUACUGGAUGAUAAUGACUUCACUCCAAAAUUUCUGUUCAACAGUUUAAGCUGCAGUCUGCAUGAAAACAUGCCCCCUUUUACACCAGUGUGUACAGCUAAUGCCAUUGACUUAGAUUCCGGACCAUUUGGUGUCUUGAGUUACUCUAUUCCUUCAACUUGCCCAAACGAACCCAAAGGCCAAGAUUCAUUUUUCAUAGACUCAUUAACUGGGGAUAUUUAUACCAAGUAUAAAGUUGACUUUGAGUCACAGAAGAGAUAUUGCCUUAUAGUUCAGGUAAAAGAUAAAAGUGAAUCUACAGCUUGUAUUCUGGUGUAUGUGGACAUUAAGGGACAGGAUGAGUUUCCACCUGUGUUUCAUGAAGAUCAAUAUUUAUUUGACUUGCCUCAGGAAAAUAAACCUGGAGAAAUUGUUGGUAUGGUGGGAGCUUCUGACAAGGAUGAAGGAGAUGAUGGUGUCAUCCAAUAUUCACUUGAAAAGCCCUCACAGUUUUUUUCUGUUAAUGUUACCAGUGGAUUUAUAUAUCUAACCAGAAGUGUUCAUAGAAUGAGAAGUAACACUAAGAAAAAUUAUGACAUUAUGGAGUUUGUAGUAAAAGCUCAAAGCCCAACGCUAGACUCAAAGUCAUCAACUUGUACUGUUCGAGUUAACAUUUCAACAGCACUAGAGGGCUACUUCAGCAUGUCCGCAAACAUACUUUCCAUUAGUUUCAGCAUUUCAUUUGUGGUUUUCUUGCUGCUGGCAAUAAGCCUUAUUGGAAUUAUUCUAAGAUAUAAGCACAAAGAUGUAGUAAAUGAUUGUGGGAUAAAAGAAGCUGCCAUCCCUGCACUUCCCAGUUCAAAUGUUAAGGACUGCAUGCCUGAUGAAUGUCAAAAAUAUGAAAAUAUUAAGAACGGCAUAGCUCCAGACACAUCUGAGUGGUUAGGGUUAGUUGGCAUCAGAGAAAAGAAAGACACUGGGAACAAAUGCAGGAAUUCAGACUCAAGUGGUCAUGGCUCCACAGAAGGGGAAACUGCUGAAGAUGAAGAAAUAAAGAUGAUCAAUGAAUACCCUAUUAGAAAAGAAUCUGGCUCUGUCCUGAGUGAAAGUGGUUCACGAGUUCCAGACUCUGGAAUUCCAAGAGAGUCUGAUCUGCUUUCAUGUGAGUCCGGUGAAACAGAUGUGGUGAUUGGGCCAGAAAGGAAUGAAAGUGUUGAGAUCCUGAAAGAGGAAAAUGGAAAUGGAGAGGGCCAAGUACAUUAUACCUGCAAAAAAACCGAACUGCCAACAACCCACCAUAGCAAUGACACAAAUGCAAAAGAUAAAAACACAUUGCAAGAUGUCAAUCAAGACUAUAUUUAUGUCCCCAUGUCAUAUGAUUCUAGGUAUGGUUCUCUGGCAUCUUUAGUAGCUUCUGAUGAGGACCUGAGAGGAAGCUAUAACUGGGAUUACCUGCUUAGUUGGGAGCCCAGGUUUCAGACUCUUUCCUCUGUUUUUUGUGACAUCGGCAGGCUAAAAGAUGAAAAUAUGAACAGAAAUGUACAGAAACAAAAGAAACCUUUUGUUUUCCCACCUCCUCUUAUCACAUCUGUUGCACAGCCAGGGAUAAGGGCUGUUCCACCUCGAAUGCCAACUAUUAUGUCAGGACAAACCUGUGUAAAAUAUCCUCGUUCUCCUUUUUUCUCCAGUCUGGCAUGUCAGUCUUCAACCAUGCCCCCAACCUUUUCUCCUUCCUUAUCCAUGCUCACAGUCCACACUCCUUCCACCUCACCUGUGCUAUCAGGUCUUAGUGGAACUUCAGUGCCUGCUCUCUCUGAAGAAUUGCUAAUACAGCAAGAGUUUCAGGUGUAAAAAAUUGAAUGUUUUCCAUUAUGAACACUUACAAGGACCAAAAAGGGCAUGUCUAAUCUAAUCUGUCUGACUCUGCAUUGUUUGUCAGUUUUAACAUUUUUACUACCUACAUGAUUUGGUAUAAUAUACAUCUUAGCCAAUCAAAAAGUUUCAAGUAGGUGGUUGUUCUGGAUUUUACUUGCAGGCUAGCAUUUUGCUUCCCGUGUCCAAACAUGUCCCAUGUAUGGAUCCCUGGAAUCUCACAACAGUGCAUGAAAAGUUUCAAUCAAAACUCAUGUGUGCAAACAGUAACUUCAUUGUAACUGGCCAGUAUUUACCAGCAUUUAGAAAUAUAGUAAUACUACCAUUAGUAGAAAUGAAUAUUUAUGGACUACACUAUAGAAUUGUGUACAUGGACUAGAUGACACAUAAUGCCAUCUAUAAAAUAACUGACAUUUACAGUUAACUAAAUAACUGUAAUAAAAAAAAUCCUUACAUUUCCCAAAUCUACCUUUCUGGCAAAUUUGAUAUUGAAAUGCAGAAUUACAAAACUGUGAACUGUGUAUAUGGCAUUUAGAAGCUUGUUCCAUUGUGCUUGUGAUACUCUUAUUGUA